CCGGUAGGGGAACCGGGCUGCCUGGCACGGCGGCGGCUCCAGCGGCGAGAUGCGGUGUGACAAUGGCCACACACCCGCUCCAUCAGUGGUGGUAUUAGGUACGCGGGCGAGGCCCCGUUGCGACGCUCACACCGAUUCUUGGGCCUCUCGAUCGCAGCCGGGACGGUCAUCGUUGGAGGUUUGGAGAGUCCGACACUACCACGCCGCUUUCCCCAGAAGCGGUCUGGCGUCCGUGCGGAUUUCCUCCACGUAAAUAUAAAAAAAAAAGAUUCUCUUUCGAUGUCUGAAGCGGCCAGCGCUGUGCCUCAGCGCACAUCACCCGGUCUACCGUAUAUUAGAACACGACCAGGCUGGAAAAAGGGGGAUGUUAUAGAACGUGAGUUGUGGGGUACCUUUCUGACGUAUGGAGGCGAGUCGAUGAUGGGGAAUUUGUACUUUCUCUUAAUUGAUAGUGUUGCAUUUGCUAGAAGUCACAUUGGAAAGCCUGGUGAAAAUAAGGAAUACCGCUUAUGGAUGUGAGAUGAUGAAGGGUGGAAUGAUGUGGCUUAAUAGCCAGCUAGAUCAGUUAAACUGCAUGUAUGGGCAGACUAAAAUAUUGAUGAUCGACUAUAAGUCUUUUGAUGCAAAGGUACCUGCGUGGUUAAUACGUGACGUUUUCAGUGUGGUAAUGGAGAAGUUCAAUUUAUCCGAUAGAGACCGGAUAUGCUUUAGGAAGUGCAUAAACUAUUUUAUAAAUACUCCGGUCCAAAAUUCUGAUGGUAGACGCUUUAAGAAGGAUCAUGGAAUUCUGUCCGGAUCAAUGUUUACCAAUAUUAUUAGAUGUCUCGUUAACAUGGUGGUGACGUGGUAUACCUUAGAGGUCGUCAUGGGGGAGUACCCAGCUAUGGACGUGUUUUUUGGAGAUGAUGGUAUAGCAUGCUUCCGCGGAUCAGUGUUAAUGGAUCUGGACAAGUACGCGGAGGUCGUACAGCACGUCUUUAGUAUGGUGAUUAAUUCGAAGAAAACAUGUUGGACUUCCAACCCCACGAAUGUGCACUUCCUGGGAUAUUUCAACUAUUACGGAACACCGUAUAAGAAUGUUGAGGAGUUAUUUCCGCAGCACCUCGUCGACGAAUGGGAAUACUGUAUAAGUAGGUCAUUGGGUUGCCUACUUGUGUCAGCUGGUACUAAUAUGGACGUUUUUAUGGCGUGUCAGGCUGUAUAUAAGAAAACCUGCUUAGCCGGGGCUGACGUAGAAAAGGGGAUAGAUUUAAUAAAGGAGAGUCCCUGGAGCCUAAGACAUCUAGUAACUAUGGGGGUAAAAGAUCUGGUCCUAUAGGAGAAUUUCUUCCACGACAUAACGCUAAGCGUUUCUUUCCCCAAUUGUUCAAAAUUCGCCAAAGGAGUGCAACUAUGGUGUGAAUGAUAUAAAUACCCAGUAAUGGAUGCCCGUACCUAUGUGGAAGGCCUAAAAAAGGCGCUGAAGAAUGAAUUUGGGAAUGUAGUAAGUGCCCAGCAACAUGAGGAUGAUCUUGAGCAACUGGUUGGACUUAAGAAGCAAUUGGAGAAGAAGUUAGCUGAUGCUUACGAAGAGGUCGAGGAACAACGUCAGGUUGUUGAACAAUGGAAACGACGCUUGCAAAAACCGAAUAGCGAGAUGCACGACUUGAGAUUACUGUUGGAAGAACAGACAGCUAGGAAUAAUCUUCUGGAAAAGAAACAGCGCAAAUUCGAUUCAGAAACUCAGAAUUUAAUGAAUGAUCUAUGACACGAGAAAGCGCAACGUAAAAGGUUAGCUAGAGAAAAAGAAAUCGCGAUCGCGGAGAGGUUUACCAUAGAACAGAACCUUAGUGACGCAAGAUUGGAAAUCGAAUUGAAGGAAGAAAGAUUGCGGACAUUGGACCAAGAGCUUGAGGAAUUAACAUUUGGUGGCAAAACGGAGGAGGACGCAGCACAACUGAAGAAAGCGAAGCAUGAGCUGGAGAAAAGAGUAAAGGAUCAGGAAGAAGAGUUGGACGACUUAGCUGGCCAGGUGCAGUUGCUCGAGUAGGCGAAAUUAAGGCUCAAGAUGAACAUCGAGCAACAACGCAAGGAAAUACGCAAAGAGAUGCAACAGAGGGACGAGGAGUUAGAAGACGUACGUGGUAACGCUCUGAAAAAGGUGAAAGUUCUAGAGUCGCAGUUGGAGAACGAGCGCGAAGAGAGGACGAUAUUGCUUCGAGAGAAGCAUGAAUUGGAAUGUCGUUUGGUAGCUAUCGAAGAACAGGAUCGUGCUGAACGUGCGGCAGAAACUGAUACCAUGCAUAGGCUAAAAAGAGAUUUGAAGAGAACCAAAGCAUUGCUAAGAGACGCUCAAACGAUGCUGGAGAGAUCGAAAGGUGACUCGACGGGUAAAGCAGCUUUACGACAGCUGAAGAACCAGUUAGAAGAUGCAGAAUGCGUUAGAGCAGUUGCAGUUAAAGCGAAACAGGCACUGGAGCAAGAACUGAAUGAGACGCAGGCUUCGUUGCAGGAAGCACUGCGGCAACGUUCCGAAGCAGAAGAUGGUGUUAAUGUAGCUAGUCGCGAACGAACUGAGCUACUGUCGCAAUUGGAAGAAAAUAAAGAAGAGUUGGCAGAAGUUUUGAAGAAGUAUCGGGCAGCUGUGCAGCAAGUGUCGGAGGAACGGAGAAUAGUGGCAAGAUACGUGGUGAUUGGUAAAGUGGACCACGAGAUGGUGUCCUCGUCGGAUUCUUGCGACCAGCAGGAGGACUUAGCGAACAUCACGAGGAGGAAGAAUCUGGCUAAACAACAGCAACAAGAUGUUGUUGAUGAUAUUUGCGAAUUUACUGAGAAGGAUAGCGUUGCGGGUGUGAGGGUUGUUUCAAGUUUUCGGAUAGACUCGAAGAGAGUCAAUGCAAGGCGAACGAAAAGACAAGGGAAGUCGCACGUGCGGAAUCCCUCCAAUAAUAUCGAUACGAAGAUUCGAUAUACAGAGGAUGUGGAUGACGAGGACGACGAUGGGAUUGUCGAGGACACGAUGAACGUGAAGACCUUCGAAAAAGAAGAGAUCAUAGUCUCGGUAGAUGGUAAGUUGUUAACGUCUUCCAUGUACGAACCGAGCCUACGAAAAUGUCACGAUGCUGCCACGACGAUCAAAGCCCCUGACAAGAGUGAAAUGGAUAAACAAAUAAUUGGAGAGGAAGAUAGAGGAAGAGCGAAAGAGGAGCAGUAGCAUCGAGGACGAACAGGCCACGGUGUUCCAAGAGGAACGAGAUCAGUUGCGUACAGACGCAAAGAGACAGAUCGAAGAGAUCCAAGCCCGAGACAAGUGGACGUAUAACAAGAGACGCAAGAAGGCGACAGCAUACAGGACGGGAGAUCUAGUGGCAAUCGAGAGGACGCAGGGCGGUCCCCGACUAAAGCUGCAUCCGAAGUUCCUUAACUAAAAGUAAAGGUCCUGCGAAAUGACCGAUACGUAGUGCAGCGAGAGCAGCACGAUCACAGCAGCCGAUCACAUGAAGUGGUGGAAUGUUAACGAUAGUGAUGUAAGUGCGAGCAGCGAUGAUGAGCACAUCUGAGAGCAGAUGUGAUUGUCAGGAAAGGCCGAAUGUAAUAUCGUAAAAUAAUUUGAAUUAGAGGUCGGUUAAAAUGAGAAAAAACCGUGUACGUCGUCUUUCUGUGGUUCGUUUACAUUUAAGAGCGCCUAUGUGACUAA